UUCCACUUUCACCUUUCGAAUUCGCAAUCGCCAACUCUCAAUAGCAGCUCUCUUUUCCCAGCAGUCCACCAUGGAAGUCAUCCAUUCCGCCCCCGAGGCGUCCUCGUUCGUCCUCCUCGCCGAGCAUCAAUCCCGUACCCCUGCCUCCUUCUACUCCGGCCCCCCGGUUCUCCACCACCAUAGCAAGCGCUGCAAGGUCGUCAUCCUCGAGGCCGACCUGCUGGCCACCCCUGCUUUGAACGGACUACGCGAGCCCGCGAAUGGUUCAGCCCCAUCCGGUGCCCUUUCCGAGAGAGAAGUCGUCAUCGACGGCGUGGAUGUCUGGGUGACAUCUGAUAAAUUCCUCCUGUAUGCCCCCUCUACCUCUACGGGAGUUGCAAUUCCCUACCCGUCCAUCUGUCUGCAUGCGAUUCAACGGCUCCAACUCCCCGCAUCCUCCGCCGAGGUCCAGGGUCUAUACAUGCAGAUCCCUUCGCUUGCCACAACCGCACAAGUAGCCGACGACGAAGAAGAGGACUCCAUCACAUUAACCAUUGUGCCGCCGGUACUCGAGGAGAAGGGAGACGAGGAAGGAGAAGAAGAAGUGGAGAAAUCGGAGGAAACGCCUGUGCAGAUGCUCUACGCUGCUGUCUCGGCGUGCUCGAAUCUGCACCCGGACCCAGUGGAAGACAGUGAUGAAGAUGUCGAUGGUGGUGUGCAGGGUAGUUCCCUCUUCCAGUCUGGGCUGAUUGCCGCCGGGGCCGCGGGGGGUGCCCUCCCGCCGCCUGUGGAGGGGGGCUCCGGCUGGAUCACCGCAGAGAACAUGCACGAGUUCUUCGACGAGGAAGGGAACUGGAUUGCUGACGGGGAGGCGCCGUCGCUGUCCCUCGGCCCGGGGGCGGGCACGGUACGACAGCGCGACGAGGGGGAGAAUGGGGUCGAUGCGCAGGAUGGGAGUGACGAUGAGACCAAGUGGAGGAGGACAGAUUAAAAAAAAAGAAAUCAUUUUUCUUCUAUCAUUACAAAAGACAAAAGAAAGAAAACAAAAACGAAAACAAAAUAUCUACGCAUGUUGAAGACAGGUACUAGUUUCUAUGGUAUC